AUGUUCAAAGAGAGAUCGGUCGACAUACUUGCGUAUUACGGAAACCGCUUUUCUAUUAAGAAUCUCCCUUGCUUUAUCACCCUUUCCUUUCAGCAUAUCAUUCAUGAUGAUAGGCUCAUGCAAAUCCUUGCUAUAAAGGUGAUCUUCCAUCAUCGGUUUUCAAUAAGAGAAGUUAUCCGUCGUGAGCUUGAACAUGUCACCAUCAAAGGUAACGGUGGCCUCCAUCUUCACUUCUUCAAAGAUAACGGUAACCUUGCUCUGAUACAAGCUGUUGAUAUUUUCUUCGAGAGAUUUAUCAUGGAAGCAAGUGCAAACAUAGAAGUAGAGACGAGAGGGAAGAGAUCAAUUGGAUGGCAAUGGCCUUUGGUAGCUUUGGUUGUCGUGUUCUUGGCAGUGGCUGCGAAUUCCAAAAUAGGCUUCAUUCUUAGUGAUCCCUAUUCUUUAAGUUUCGACAUCAGAUACUUCAUGGGGUCACAUAAAAACGAGAAGCUCAAGGUACCACCAGAAGAGAUUAGGAAAUUACGAAACAGUCCUCCAUCAUCUUAUAGCGUCAAGUUCGAGUCUUUCGCAACCAUGAUGGAUCUAGUCAAGGAUGGAUACUACGAGUCCCGUCCUUACACCGUUGGUGAAUUUAAUUGGACGUUCCUAAUCUACCCAAGGGGUGGGGAUAAAGACUACACAUAUACCUCAUAUGUUUCUCUUUAUGCAAGAAUCGAUGACUCCAACAUUAUCGACUCACAAGUCUUGUAUGCGGAGAUAAAUUUUUUCGUCUACAAUUAUAUACACAAGGCGUAUUAUUACUACCAAGACCUUGAACCGAUCAUGUUUCAUUCGUUCGAGACAAAACGGGGAGUGAAACAGUUUCUACCGACAGCGUGGUUCACGGCACCAUGGGCACCAUAUGGAUACAUUUCGGAGGGCGGUGAAUGUGUGUUUGGAAUAGACGUCUUCGUUGCUCCACCUUUUAACAAAUGGGAAAACUUCUCCUAUGAUGAAAAUAUCAGCAAUCCCAUUUUUAAUUGGAACAUCACAUAUGUCUCUACCAUUCAUAUCGACCCUUACACAUCCGAACCGUUCUCUUCCGGAGGCAGAAACUGGGUAUUGAAGGUGUAUCCAAAUGGAUAUGGUAUUGGAACGGGUAAUUCUUUGUCACUCUACUUGUUGAGUGAGUCUAAUGGAAAUGAUUAUGUUCGAGCUAAGCUACGAGUUUUGAAUCAGUAUUCAUCCAAUCAUGUGGAGAAACAAGUUGAGGGAUGGUCUAAUGUAGCAGAAAAUGGAUGGGGUUUCGAUAAGUUUAUAUCUCUUUCCGAUCUUGAAGAUAGAACCAAAAUUUUCGUUGUGAAUGAUUUGCUCAAAGUUGAAGUCACGAUCAUGGCCUUCUCUAAAACAAACUCCAUCUAA